AUGUCCUCCAGCCAACCACAUUCGCGGCCGACGAGUCCUGUGGAUGCGAAUGGUAUAAAUAUUCCUGUACCUCACUCUGUACCUGCAACUACGCCUGCGGCGUUGAGACCGCCUCCUUCUCAAAGGCAGAGAGCCGAAUCGGCUCGAGCAUUGAGCACACCCCAGAAAAUCCCCAGGAAGAGGAUAGCAGACAUAGCGAACGCCUUAAAUGAAUCGGAGCCUCAGGCCCCUUCAACGCCACAACAUAACAGCCCCCAGCAACACGCAACUGAUAUGAAUGACCAUACGCGCUCAUUUCUUUUUGGUUCCCAAUCAUCUCAGGCCUCGACGAUUGGAGAUUGGGAAGGGACAUCGCCAGGAGAUGACCCAGAACAAAGUGGUUCUUCUAGGACCGCGGACCAAAGUCUUAGAAAUCUAGACCACAGGACACCAAAGAAACCUAGAAUUACACCCGUGGAGCAGCGAUUCGGUGUCCAAAUCCCUUUUCCACUGACUCCACCUAAGACAAUACGCCGCCGCGCCGACAGUUCUGGCCAGGGCAUAUUCCAAACAGAUUUCCCACAAACUCCGACUAGGAACAAAGGCAAGCAGCGGGAGAAUAACGUCGGGGAGCAAACGACUUCAGGCGCGAAUGCUCGCGUUUCUGGCCCCCUUGAGAGCGGAAGCAGCACCCUCGAACGCGCCUCCGACGUCCCUGCGCGUACCUCUAAAACUCUCGAACGCACCUCUUCUAACCCCUUUAUUAUUCACCAAACUACUGGCGAAAGCAUUGCUUCGUAUCUAGAAGCACUGGACGCCUUACAGUCGCCGUCAUAUAUUCUCAAAAUGGAGAAGAAGCUCAGCGCGCUGGAUCAAAGCAAUAAAUUCAAGGCGAAGUACCUCGAGAACCUAAAGGCUGCGAAGGCAGAAGUGGAGAGUGAAAAUGCACGUUUGAUAACAGAGAAUGCGGGUCUUCAGAGUGAGAAUGCGCGGUUGGCGCACGCGAAUGCGCAUCUGCAGGAAAGGUUGCUACAGUCUGAGAACAGCAGCCGCGCCAAAGAUAUUGAAAUUGCGGCUAUCAAGUCCCGUCGUCCUCCAAAUAUGUGA